CUGCACCUACAAGAGCUGCACAGACUACUGCAGCACCUUCAACUGCAGCACCUAUGACUUCAACAUCUACGACUGCGUCACCCACAACUGCAGCACCUGCACCUACAACAGCUGCACAGAGUACUGCAGCACCUUCAACUGCUGCACCUACGACUUCAGCACCUACGACUGCGUCACCCACAACUGCAGCACGUACAAUGGUAGCUCCUACAACUGUAGCACCUACAACUGCUGCCCCGACCACUGCUGCACCUUCAACUUCUGCUCCGACUACUGCAGCACCUACAACAGCUGCAAAGACAACUGCUGCCCCUACCACUGCUGCACCGUCAACUGUUGCUCCAACAACUUCAGACCCUACAAAUGUAGCACCGACAACUGCUGCCCCUACCACUGCUGA